AUGCCAGAGCGACAGCUCAAAACUCCCGUAAGGAGCUACGGCAAGGAGAUGGGACGCGUGACAGGAAAAGAAAGGAGAUGGGAUGCGUGCAAGAGUGACGCGAAUGGGACAGACACAGCAAGGAGAGGUGAUGCGUCGAAUAGUGAUACGAACCGAACAGAUUCAUCGCACGACCGUCGACGACAGCCAGGCACCCAUACAGGCGCUAAGUGCGAGAGUCGCCCAACAUGCCAUGCCAGAGCGACAGCUCAAAACUCCCGUAAGGAGCUACGGCAAGGAGAUGGGACGCGUGUAAGAGUGACGCGAACAGGACAGGAAAAGAAAGGAGAUGGGAUGCGUGCAAGAGUGACGCGAAUGGGACAGACACAGCAAGGAGAGGUGAUGCGUCGAAUAGUGAUACGAACCGAACAGAUUCAUCGCACGACCGUCGACGACAGCCAGGCACCCAUACAGGCGCUAAGUGCGAGAGUCGCCCAACAUGCCAUGCCAGAGCGACAGCUCAAAACUCCCGUAAGGAGCUACGGCAAGGAGAUGGGACGCGUGACAGGAAAAGAAAGGAGAUGGGAUGCGUGCAAGAGUGACGCGAAUGGGACAGACACAGCAAGGAGAGGUGAUGCGUCGAAUAGUGAUACGAACCGAACAGAUUCAUCGCACGACCGUCGACGACAGCCAGGCACCCAUACAGGCGCUAAGUGCGAGAGUCGCCCAACAUGCCAUGCCAGAGCGACAGCUCAAAACUCCCGUAAGGAGCUACGGCAAAAAGAUGGGACGCGUGUAAGAGUGACGCGAACAGGACAGGAAAAGAAAGGAGAUGGGAUGCGUGCAAGAGUGACGCGAAUGGGACAGACACAGCAAGGAGAGGUGAUGCGUCGAAUAGUGAUACGAACCGAACAGAUUCAUCGCACGACCGUCGACGACAGCCAGGCACCCAUAAAGGCGCUAAGUGCGAGAGUCGCCCAUCAUGCCAUGCCAGAGCGACAGCUCAAAACUCCCGUAAGGAGCUACGGCGAGGAGAUGGGACGCGUGCAAGAGUGA